AUGCCUUCGACCGCCCCACUACACACGCUGCUACGCCGCCAGUCCGGAGCAGAGUCCUCCUCGCUCUUGCCGCUCUGGAUCAUCCUCGGCAUUGGUGUAGCGUUAGCCAUCGGCUGGUUCGCCCUCUCAUCGUGCCUUGGCGACAACGCUCGCGAAGCACUAGCAGAACGCAUUCGCGGACUCUUCGGUCGCGGCCGAUCAGGCGGAGCGGGUUCGUACGGCAGUGGCGGUGCUUCGGGCAGCCGCAGUGCGUACGGGAGAAUGCGCGAUGACGAGGCGGAAGCAUUCGACAUCAACGCAGCCGAACACGAUCUCUAUGAUGAUCUCGAUGCGCCGCACCAGCCGUACAAUCAUCACUCGUCGUAUCCUCCCACAGGUAGUGGUGCUGGCGCGUCCAAGAUGGACGAUCUCGAUGACGAUCUCUACGACCGCAGACACCCGUGA